CCGCCAUGAUGGCGGCGGUGCUGCUGCUGCUGGGGGCGGUGGGGCUGGGGGUGGCGGCGGCGGGGCCGGGGCCGGGGCCGGGGCCGGGGGCGGCGCUGCGGGAGGAGCUGCUGCUGCGGCCGCUGCCCGCGGGGGACGUGGCCGCCGCCUUCCAGUUCCGCACGCGGUGGGACGCCGACCUGCGGCGGGGGGCAGUCUCUCACUACAGGCUCUUCCCGAAGGCGCUGGGGCAGCUGGUGGCGGCGCAGGGCGUGCGGGAGCUGCACCUCGCCCUCACGCAGGGCUUCUGGCGCACCCAGAGCUGGGGGCAGCCGCCCCUGGGCGCCCCCGCCGGCGCCGAGCUCUGGGUCUGGUUCCAGGACUCCGUCCCCGAUGUUGACAAAGCCUGGAAAGAGCUGAGUAACAUCCUCUCGGGAAUCUUCUGCGCUUCCCUGAACUUCAUCGACUCCACCAACACGGUCACUCCGACAGCGUCCUUCAAACCCCUGGGCUUAGCCAACGGGACGGAUCACCGUCUGCUGCGCUACGCCGUCCUGCCCCGGGAGGUCGUCUGCACAGAGAACCUCACGCCCUGGAAGAAGCUGCUGCCGUGUGGCUCAAAGGCCGGUCUGGCCGUGCUGCUCAAGGCUGAGCGGCUGUUCCACAGCAGCUACCACUCGCAGGCCGUGCACAUCCGCCCCAUCUGCCGGGAUGCUUCCUGCCUGGCUGUUUCCUGGGAGCUCAGGCAGACCCUCACUGUGGUCUUUGACAGCUUUACCAGUGGCCAAGGAAAGAAAGACUGGUCCUUGUUUAAGAUGUUCUCUCGCACUCUUACUGACGCGUGUCCUCUGGCAUCGGAGAGCAAGGUCUACGUUGACAUCUCCCCUAAGAACAAGGAAAAAGAGUUACUGGAAGUGACCCCCACUCCAACAUCUGUACAUGAAGCUGUUGUCCAGGGAGACAAGAGAACCUAUGCCGUCUACGACCUGCUCAGCCCCUCACUUUUCAAUUCAUCCCGCAGCCUCAACGUGCAGCUGAAGUGGAAGCGGCCCCAAGACAGCCAGGAACUGUCAACACCCAUACUCCACGCUCAGCGCUACGUCAGUGGGUACGGGCUGCAGACCGGCGAAAUCAGCACUCUGAUCCACAACACUCACCCGUACCGGGCCUUCCCCGUCAUCCUGCUGGAGACUGUGCCGUGGUACCUGCGGCUCUACGUGCACACGCUGACUAUCAGCACUAAGGGGAAGGAGAACAAGCCGAGUUAUAUCCACUACCAGCCAGCCCAGGACCGCAAACGGCCUCACCUACUGGAAAUGCUGAUCCAGCUUCCAGCCAACUCUGUCACCAAGAUCACAAUCCAGUUUGAGAGAGCCUUACUGAAGUGGACAGAGUACACGCCUGACCCGAAUCACGGAUUUUACGUCAGUCCAUCCGUGCUUAGUGCCCUGGUGCCCAGCGUCAUUGCAAUGAAGGACGUGGACGUGGAGGAGAGCCCGCUCUUCGCCUCGCUCUUCCCCUCCUCCGAUGGCUCCAGCUACUUCGUGCGCCUCUACACGGAGCCGCUGCUGGUGAACUUACCGACGCCCGACUUCAGCAUGCCGUAUAACGUCAUCUGCCUGACCUGCACCGUGGUGGCAGUGUGCUACGGCUCCUUCUACAACCUGCUGACCAGGACCUUUCACGUGGAAGAGCCAAGCCGGGGAGGGCUGGCCAAGCGGCUGGCUAACAUCAUCCGUAAGUUCAGGGGCGUGCCGCCCCUCUGAGAGCAACCAGGGCCGCCGGCGCUGGACACAGGAGCAGAGCGCUGCUGCCUCCUGUCUUUGCUGCCUGCAUCUCUCCUGGGUCCUACAAGCUGAGAGAUUGCUUCCGUAAUUAAGAUGGAAAAGGGCUCUAGGUGCGGUAACUACUGAGUGGCAUUCACACAGGAUUAGGAAACGUGCAAGUCGUCUGUUUGGGUGAGGAGUAACGUAUUUACCAGGAACAAUGCCAGAAGUAAACUUGAGCUGUUUUGUACA